AUGAUCCGACGACCACUCGGUACGAGGUAUGGCGCCAUCUGGGCCGGUGUGUUUGGCGUCGUAGUCUUCUCCCUCUUCAUCUAUGUCGGGCAUCAUUUCAGCGACUCGAGCACCGACAUGUCGCGAUGGCGCAGCGCCAUAACCGCUAUCACCAAUUUGGGUGGAGGUUCGGGGUCGGCCUACGACGCGCUCGUACUCGUUCCAGACCCACAAGGCGACGCCAACUGGAGCGUCAGUGACAACUACAAGUGGUACACGGAUAGCAAGCUGCGCGAGCUGACCGCGUGCAUGGCACGCGGCAACUGUCCGAAGAACGCGGACAAGGUCGUCAUUAACAACGUGUGGCACUGUCACAACGCCUUCUUUGGUAACUAUCUGGGCGGCGAAGGAACGUGGUGCAACAGCAUGCACCGAUCCCUUGAGCGACAAGGAUACACUGUCCUGUACACAUAUUACGACUGGGAAUAUGUGGAUCACAUCCACCGCCAGAUCCCAGACCUCAUCAAGGUCAUUUUCGCCGAUGACGACGACCAGAACUCUAAGACUUUGCCGUUCAUGAAGAGCGAGAAGAAUCCGCACGGUAUCCCUGCAUGGAAGAUGUUCCGAUUUAGUUAUUAUUCGAGCUACGCUGGGACAAUAAUCGGAACGCCAUGGGUGGUGACGUGCGAGCCGGAAUGGCGCGAUCCCGACCACGGGCCUCGCAACUUCACCUAUCUCGGGUACGAUAUGGAACCUGAUGCGGCCCACAUCAGCGUCAUUCCCUGGGAGGAGCGCCCGUAUCGUGCCUACGUGCUAGGCAAGCACAUUACGUUCUUCCACAAAGACCGUGCGCGCGUCGCAUGGGAACGCGACUUUUACAAGCGCGCACGCGACCAGAUCCGCAAGAAGUUCCCGUCGUUCGAGUUCGUAUCAUCUUUCAAGGAUGAACGGUCGGAGGAGGAACAGAAGAACGAGGGGCCAAUGACCGUUCCAGAUGGUAUCCGGAACCUGGCCCGCCUCAACCCCGUCGAGUUUGACCACGAUCUCAGCACAUCGCGCCUGCUCGUCGGUAUCGGAUGGCCUACCUCCAGCCCGAGUCCGUACCGUGCUCUUGCGCGGGGCGUUCCCUUCCUCAGUCCUUACAAGGCUCAUGUCGACGCCAAAGACCCCACCGACCCGUACGAAUGGACUGAUAGCCAACAUGAUGCCCUGCGCCGUGAGAAACCUCCCUUGGUCUACAAUGUACCCGAGUUUGACUACGACAGUUUCGUCAAAGCCAUCGAGACGGCCAUGGAGAGCCCAAUUGAAGGACACAUCUACCCUCGAAUGACGCGUCCGGCAUUUGACGAGCGCAUGCGCUACCUCAUGGAGACAGACUGGCGGGCUGAAGCGGCUCGUAUUCUCAAACUACGCAAGGCGGGUAACGAAACACAAAACAACGGCAACGCCCAGGCGGAUCGCUAA